GCGGCGCGGAGCGGCGCGGAAGGGAGCGGAGCUCUCCAGCCGGAUCGCUCCCAUGUCAGGGAGGCGGUGGGGGACUGCACUCCGCUAGCGUGAAGCCACCGGCCUCCCCCCUCACCUCGCCCAGCGAUGUAUUCACUGCUCUCAGCCUGCACUUGCCUAUGUUUACAUUUCCUGCUGCUGUGCUUUCAGGUACAGAUGUUUGCUGCUGAGGAGAAUGUAGAUUUUCGGAUACACGUGGAGAACCAGACGCGUGCGCGGGACGACGUGAGCAGGAAGCAGCUUCGGCUCUACCAGCUCUACAGCAGGACAAGUGGGAAACACAUCCAAGUGCUUGGCAGAAGGAUCAGUGCCAAAGGAGAAGACGGAGAUAAAUAUGCCCAGCUUCUAGUGGAAACAGACACUUUUGGCAGUCAAGUCCGGAUCAAAGGGAAGGAGACAGACUUCUACCUUUGCAUGAACAGGAAAGGCAAGCUAGUGGGGAAGCCUGAUGGCACCAGCAAGGAGUGUGUCUUCAUUGAAAAAGUCCUAGAAAACAACUAUACGGCACUGAUGUCAGCAAAAUAUUCAGGCUGGUAUGUUGGAUUCACCAAAAAAGGGAGGCCACGGAAAGGUCCCAAGACCCGGGAAAACCAGCAAGAUGUACAUUUUAUGAAGAGGUACCCAAAGGGGCAAGUGGAGAUACAGAAACCUUUCAAGUACACAACAGUCACCAAGAGGACUAAGAGAAUACGACCCACCAACCCCAGUUAAAAAUAGACAAAAACAGUGUCACAAUAAGA